AUGAGCUAUAAUGUCGAGGGAAUAGCGAUUGGUCUGGAAGAGAUUUUAAUCGUGACAACGGAAGUUGAGAUCACUCUUGGCGAUUCUUGGAAAAGAGAUGGCCUGCCUCUAAAUCCUGUUCUUUCCGAUGAAGGCCUUAGAAAAAUAUCCUCCAAAUUCGACGCGUCCAUCCCUCAGGUGGUUCUCAAAUGGUCAUUAGAGAACGAUGUUAUUGUCAUUCCCCGCUCUCGCAAUCCGAAUCACAUCAAAACAAACUUGCAUUUGGCUCACGUUCUGCUCACCGAAGAUGACCGACAGUACAUCGAGGAUCUUGAUGGAAAGAUAAUCGUGCCCAACGACAAUCCUCCGUUCGACUCCCGAUCAGAGCCGAGCAUUUCCGGUCAACAAGGUACCGACGAGGAGAGGAUCUCAGAGCAGAAAACAGACAAUAUCAAUGAUAAAGUCGUUUUCGUAGAGAGAGUUAAUCCCGAAGAUUCUACGUUGUACUUGAGUUCAGAUGAUCAUUGGAUUUACGCGUUUGACGCCGCCACGGGAAAGUUGAAAUGGAAAUAUGGAACUGCGGAUGAAGGUGGUUCAAAAUGCGUUUUCAACUCUGAUGAGACGGUUGUACUCGGCAAAUGCUUUCUGUUCCUCGAUGGCCAAACUGGUGAAACAAUUUGGAAGUACGAGACGGCAGGACCUGUGUUCUCUUCUCCCACAGUUAGCCAUGAUAGCAAGGCUGUGUUUUUCUGUUCUUUUGUUGCAAACUUCUUUGCUUUUAACACUGAGGACGGUCGGCAGCUUUGGAUGUUUGAGGGCGACUCCGCGUUUCAAUCAUCGCCAGCUGUCAGUAAACUAGACGGGACUCUUUUUGUCGGAUCUUCACAAGGAAAUAUUUACGCGAUUGAUUCCUCAAAUGGACAAGUAAAGUGGACAAGGGAAGAUAAGGGUGAACUAUUCUCUUCGCCAUUUAUCGCUCCAGAUGGAAAUAUCUACAUUGGUUCAGGUCAAGGAGAGGUUCUGGCUCUUCGUCAACAUGAUGGCUCUCUCGUGUGGAGUUUUAAGACAAGCUCGUCAAUCUGGUCGUCACCACGGUUGGAUAGAAGUGGUCUGUUGUUUAUAGGAGGAAUUGACACCUAUCUGUAUGCCUUGCGAGCUGAUAAUGGACAAUUGGUGUGGAAGUACAAGACAGCCGGACCGGUUGUGGGAACACCGCUGAUCACACGUGAGCAUGCUGUGGAACAAGCCUGAAGUACACAGGGAAAUUAUUAAGGCUAUUAAAAUAUUAUUGAUAAAUUUGAUCAAAUUUUAUUCACGGAUGUCUCAUCAUCAUCAUCAGAAUCAUUUGUCUGCCACACCAUAAAUAAAAACAUACAAUAAUAAAAUAUUCAUUGGGUCAGGAGAUCUCCAAAAAACACCAAGCUUAUAGCGGAGCCCACCUCAGUUGUUCAUAGAGUAAAUUUUAAGCUUUGUGUGUGUGGCAUGAUCAAUCCAGCAUUAUUUUGGUAAAAAAUGUAAUGAUUUUCUUCUUAAACCUGGAAAAGCUUGUUGAACUAGUGACAGAUACUGGUAGAGAAUUCCAACUUUAGGGCCUUGAUAGAGUAUUGUGAAUUGCUUAAGAUUUAUGCAACAGAGGUUCGAUUGAUAACCUCUGGCUGUUCUUGCGCCAUAACAGUGUACUUGACUAUUUAAUAAAAACAAAUUGAGAAACACCUGGGCCCACAAUUAGUUACUCAGAACAGUAUUCUGAAUCCUUGAUUAAUAAAACUCCUUCAGAUUUGGUUUGGAUAGCCUGCCUGCAGAUGUCUACAUGAAGGAAAUACAUAUUGUGGACGUCCUCAGGCAGGCUAGUGUGGACUACUGCCACCAAGAACUGAACUAAGAAAGAAAACAUACUGACAGUGACGUCCAAUGCCUGAGUACCCUGGGUGCCAGCUUCACUACGAAAAAAAAACCCCUCUGGCACCAAGGCUAAUGCCAGAGAUAAAAUUGAGUAAAAUGUCCUAGGAUAAUGUACCAUAUUUAAAUUAAAGUAUCACAGUCAAGACAA